AUGCAUCUUGUGGUGGAGCCCUCGCAGGAAGCCAUGCUUACCAUGCUGCCUCACUUUGUGGAGAACGCAGUCCUGACUCAGAGAGAGAUCUACCGAAUGUAAGUCUUCAGCACACUCACUCCAGGAUAGGCUAUCCUAAGUGUAUCUCUCACUGGCAUUAUUACCUUGAUAAGUGGUAGCAAAGAUGGUUUGAAUGGUUGUAAGUGUAUGUAUUGUGCAACCUGAAUUUUCUGUAUUAGUCAUUGGUAUAAAAGUGUAACAUACAUUUUUAUAGCUCUGUGCUUUUUUUCCAAUGGUUGACAACUUAUUUUUCUUAAGACAUAAAUACAAAGUGUACUUUAAUCUUACAUUUGAUCGUACUUUUAGAAUUGCUUACGGGUAUUGUUUCAAUGGCUGUUGAGAUAUCUUCUUGAGUGUCUACUGUUCCCAGCUGUCUUAGAGACAUGGGGACAGACUCUGAUUGUUCUCAGUAACAGUAGCUGGAGCCUAUUCAAUAAUCUUUCACUCUUGUUUCUGGAUUGUGAUUAUUGAUACAGUACAUCCCAUUUCCAGUACAUUGGACAUUUUAAAGAUGAGCUACAUAAUAUUAUGUAUUAUGUACCCAACUGAUUUCCUGCGGUACCCUGCUCUCUGACAUCUUGACCGAGGCCACCCUCAUCAUCCUCAUCAUCAUCCUCAUCUUUUCAGGACAUUCUGAAAAGAAACUAUACUACAUAACAGUAACAGCUGAGCAGAAACAAAAGCUCUUGUGACGGACCCACUCUGUCAUACCAGGCUUUGUGUGGUGGCAGAGCGAGAAGGCAGCCUGCCUGUUAACAAAGCCCAGCUCUGAUCCUCCUGGUCAAUGUUAUGGCCAGCGAACACUUAGCUCUGUUUCUCCUGGACAUUGCGGAGUCCAAGGAAAAACUAGCUUUAAUCCGGGGGUGGUCAGUGCCUCCAGCACAGGGCAGUCAGGAGAGCCCAUCCCUGGUCAGACAAGGGAGGGAUGGUGCUGGCCGGAGAGAGGACAUAUUACAGUGGUGGGCACAAUUUAUCUGCCCCCCGAAAGGUCAGGGGACCUAAUCAUAUUCUGUCAGUUCAUUAUCUGAGGGAAAUUUUUCAUCAAGGAAAGGUCUCUAAAGACUGCUGACAUUCACUUACUGAUGAGCUCAGAAUGUCCUUUUCUGCUGGUCACUGAACCUUAGAAAAGCAAUUAACAGCCUUCCCACCCUGUCUCUUUCUUCCACUGUAGCUCUGCUCCCUGAUUCUUCCCUCUGUGUGUUUCUACAUUUCCAGGCCAUUUGUCUCUAUUCCUGGCUCUAGAGAAAAACAGCCUCACUUAUUGAUAAGUGAGAAGAAUACUGUGGGUUGGACAGUUAGUUGAACCACAUCAACCUUAGGAUAGUCUGCAGCAGAGCUUCCACAUAACUUUCUAUGGCUGUUUUACCUCACUGAAGUGAACUCACUGGUGUCUGUCAAAGACAUGGAAAGUAAAGUAGGGAAUGGCUGAGUAAUUUUGCAACAACAGACAUCCUGUUAAUCUGUAGACCUACAUAAAUGGAACACAACAAAACGGGGAAGAGAGACCCAGCAGCUGUAGAAUGGAGUGAAUAUUUCUAAUGUCCUCUGGUCUAGAGUAGAACGCCGUAGAAUUACAGUGUCCCACAGACACUGCUUAAGCUGUUUGAGCAGUACAAUGAUUUGCCCAAAAUGCUAUUUAGGCUUUCUGAUGAUCUGUUGCCUACUUACAGUACAAUAUGUACUCUUUCUUUCACUUCUCAAAUGAAUGCUUCCCCAUUCUCUGUGUUACAAUAUCAAACCGCUAGAUUCUGAUGCUGUCUGAGACGUCUGUAAACCCUGUUUCCCUGUCUGUCUGUCUGUCUGUGUUUCUCUGUCUGUCUGUGUUUCUCUGUCUGUCUGUGUUUUCCUGUCUGUCUGUGUUUCUCUGUCUGUCUGUGUUUUCCUGUCUGUCUGUGUUUCAGCCUCAGCGAGAGCUUCUUCAUGGUCAAAGGAGCUGCCCUCUUCCUGCAGCAGGGCACCAAUGCACUGGGACCCAAGACACCCACUCACCACAAACUCGCAGGUAACUACAAACACUCUUGACACACACUGGGCCCAUUGUUCAGUGAACUGUGACAAUGCCACUGCUAAAGCUCUAUUCAAAGAAAAAUGUCAUAUUUGCUGAGGUUGGCUUGGCCUUUGUGGUGGAGCCUGUGUUUAACCCAUGUUCACUGAAUGAUUACCUGGCCUUUGAUUGAGUGCCCUCAAGGCAGGUAUUGCUUUUAGCAUUAAGGGGCUUUGUAGAUCCGGUUUUCUAGAUCCUGCUUGUUUGAUUUUCCCAUCAAGAUAUUACAUAAGCUCACCAAGCUGGACUAACCGGCCCGCAGUGCAGCUGAUGUUACCUGUAGGUCUAUGUGUGUCUGAUACAGCAUGUCUCAUAGCAGGGUUGUUGUUGAGAUUUGUUAGAUUGGGGGAGUGCUAUCCCCUCAUUUUGGAGUCCAAACACACCCCUCCCCUCUCCUCCCCUAUGAUACGCAGGUUAAUCACAAGAUCAAUGUGAGGAGCACUCCGGAUUCCUUGAUUACAUCACCAGACGUUCAAGUCAAUGCUUAGCUCUGAUAAACCUGGCAUGCAUUUGUCUGUGUGUUUACGCAUAUGACUGACUGUGUUUCUGCAUGUUUGUAUCAGUUUAGCUGAGGGUUGUACUUGAGAUGAGAUGUUCUGGUACACCAUUCCCAAUUAUUUUCAUGUCCUGUCAUGAGAUGUUCAGGCUUUGCUCUGCCAUGUCUAACUUCAGUACAGACAUGUGUUGCUGUGGUUGGAACUGGAUCAACCUGCAGGUGGGUAUAAUCGGAGGUACUAAUCAAAAUAGGGGCCUGGAUAGCAGAGCGGGACAUAGUUAUACAAGAUAUGGCUGAUGGGUAGAUAGGUUUGAUUGAUCAAGGCCACACCACCUGAAGCAGUAGAGUGGAUUAUGGUACAGUAUGUGGUUCUCUUCUCUCCCAGGUGACUUACCUCAACACCUGCAGGUCAUGAUUAACACCCUCCGCUCUGAGGACCGCAUUAAACUGGUGAGUCAAAUCCCCAUGAAGGACAUCUCAAAUGUACUUACCAUUCCAUUUUGAUUGACACACAGAUGCUGCACAGUGUAACCUAUUCCUCCUGCUGUUCCCCAGGCUGUACGGUUAGAGAGUGGUUGGUCUGACCGUGUGCGGUACAUGGUUGUGGUCUACACCAGCGGUCGCCAGGACACAGAGGAGAAUAUCCUGCUAGGGAUGGACUUCACCGAUAAGGACAGGUACCCACCCUUCUUUCCUCCUCAGCCAGCAGCAAUACACUGCAAUGUGGCUUGUUAUCGUAGAGAAAUAAUGUAUUCUGUUGUAUUAUUCCCAGUAAAAGCUGCUCUAUCGGGAUGGUGCUACCGCUAUGGAGCGAUACGAAGAUCCAUUUAGAUGGAGAUGGGUAAGUCAUUUUAGUCAUUUAGCAGACGCUCUUAUCCAGAGCGACUUACAGUUAGUACAUUCAUCUUAAGAUAGCUAGGUGGGACAACCACAUAUCACAGGCAUAGAAAGUAUAUUUUUCCUCAAAAACAUAGCUGUCAGUAGAGUUACCCCCCACAUACGUAUACAUGAAACUUUCCACAAAGGUUUGGUAUGUGUCACACACAGUACAUCCCAUAGACAAUCAAGCUGCAUUCACACCGUUAACCAUGAAGUAUCUAUGAUCGUUAAGCCCGUUCAAACGGCUCAGCCCUGUAAGUGACACAGAAUGAGUUAAUCUGCCCUCCAGUGGGCAGUACUGUCAACUACAGCCGUUUUCAUCCCUCCAUGUGGCAGAUGAGUUCUUGCUGAGCUGUUAAAGUCAUCCCUCUCUCUAUGCUGGAGGAAUGUUCCAUUGGGUUGUUUCCUGAAUAGUCCCCUGAGCCACUAUAGCUCAGCCCCUGUUUGUGUUCCCAAACCACUCUCUCUCAAUCUCCCUCUCUCUCUAUCCAUGAACCCAACCUUAUCCUUCAUCCUCCCAUCUUCUCUCUCCUCAGAGGAUUUAGUGUGACCACAGGAGGACGAUCACAUGUCUUCAAGCCUGUUUCUGUGCAGGCCAUGUGGUAAGUGUCUGUUUUGUGUUUUUAUUUGAUACUGUGUUUGGGUACUUUAAAAUAUCAUUGUCUGGUGACCUUAUAUUCCCUGAAACCAUACAGUGACUCUGUCCAUGGACUGUACUGUACCACCUUGAGCUUGUGGUGUUGGUUCCAUCUUAAUAUCAACAAUAAAUGGAAGGAAAAUCAUAAACUACUAGUGGAAUUAUUCAGGCAGGUAACACUGUGUGAUGCUAAAAAAACGCUGACAGUGUUGAGUCCAUGCACCAUCUACUGGUUAAUAGACUGUUAGAAUUUGUUUUCAUUCUUAGCAGACUCAUAUUUUGCUCUGGAUUUGACAAGCCGCCUUAAUGUGCUCUGAAUUUCCUGCCGUCAUUAAAAAUCAAUGAUCGAAAGACUUGACUCUCCAUAUCAUUAGAUCAGUGGAAUAGCUGCUGAACAGUUGCUGUUCUGAACCUGUGCUAUGACUGAGAGCUUCUUCUACCUGUGUCUUCAGGUCUGCCCUGCAGAUCCUCCAUAAGGCAUGCGAAGUGUCUCGCAGGUACAACUACUUCCCAGGGGGCAUGGCCCUCACCUGGAUGGGCUACUAUGAGAGCUGUAUCACCUCAGAGCAGAGCUGCAUCAACGAGUGGAACGCUAUGACGGACCUGGAGACCACACGGCCUGACUCACCUGCCAUGUUCGUUGACCGGUAAGACCUCAGUCAUCCGAUUUAGUGAAAUUCAGUUCAAUUAUUUUAGGAUGAUUCAUUUCCAGUUACAGUACCUUCUCAGAUUGGUAAUGUAUGUCCAUUAUGGUAUUAACCAGGCCUUUUUUUUGUUGAAAUUAAAUGUGAUUAAAUGUAUUGGUUACAUUCAUAAUUGUAUUAAUAUAUUGACGUAUGUUGAUCAGGCCAACGGAGAGCGAGAGAACCGAGUGUGCAAUCAAAGCCAAACUACGCAGCAUCAUGAUGUUCCGGGACUUGGAGAAUGUCACUUCCAAGGAGGUACAGUGAGCUCCAAAAGUAUUGGGACAGUGACAAAUGUUUUGUUGUUUUGGCUCAGUAUUCCAGCACUUUGGAUUUGAAAUUAAACAAUGACUAUGAAGUUAAAGUGCAGACUGUCAGCAUUAAUUUGAGGGUAUUUUGAUCCAUAUCGGGUGAAUCGUUUAGAAAUUACAGCACUUUUUGUACAUAGUCCCCCCAUUUUAGGGGACCAAAAUUAUUGGGACAACUUCACUUAUGUUUAUUAAAGUAGUCAAAGGUUUAGUAUUUGGUCCCAUAUUCCUAUAACACAAUGAUUACAUCAAGCUUGUGACUCUACAAACUGUUGGAUGCAUUUGCUGUUUGUUUUGGUUGUGUUUCAGAUUAUUUUGUGCCCAAUAGAAAUGAAUGGUAAAUAAUGUAUUGUGUAAUUUUGGAGUCACUUUUAUUUUAAAUAAGAAUAGAAUAUGUUUCUAAACACUUCUAUAUUAAUGUGGAUGGUACCAUGAUUAUGCAUAAUCCUGAAUGAAUCGUGAGUAAUGAUGAGUGAGAAAGUUAAGAGGCAUAAAUAUCACACAGAUGAGUUUGUUGUGACUAACUCUGGAUGGUAUAGUACAAUGGUACAGCCUAAUACCUGAUAUGCCCCCCCCCUCUCAGAUCCGUGUGGAGCUGGAGCAGCAUAUGAGCUGUAACCUGAAGGAGUACAAAGAGUUCAUCGACAACGAGAUGCUGCUGAUCCUGGGUCAGAUGGAUAAAGCCACACUCAUCUUCGACCACCUCUACCUGGUGAAAACCUUUCCCUAACUUGACAUCCUAAUCGUCUCUUUCAAAUCAAAUCAAAUGUUAUUGGUCACAUACACAUUUUUUGCAUAUGUUUAGUGGCGGAUGUACGCGUGUGUUCCUAGCACCAACAUGCAUUAGUACUAACAAUUCACAACAAUACACAACAAAUCUAAAAGUAAAUUAAUGGGAAUUAAGAAAUAUAUAAAUAUUAUGACGAGCAAUGUCGGAGUGGCAUGUCGGAGUGCAUGACUAAAUACAGUAGAUAGAAUACAGCAUAUGUUAUUGCGGAUGUAGCUGAAGCUACAAUGCAGUAGUAUCUUGGCCUUCCUAUGACAUCGGAUGACACCGCCCCUGGUGAUGCGUUGGGCAGACCACACCACCCUCUGGAGAGCCCUGCGGUUGCGGAUGGUGCAGUUGCCGUACCAGGCGGUGAUACAGCCCGACAGGAUGCUCUCAAUUGUGCAUCUGUAAAAGUUUCCGAGGGUCUUAGGGGCCAAGCCGAAUUUCUUCAGCCUCCUGAGGUUGAAGAGGCGCUGUUGCACCUUCUUCACCACACUGUCUGUGUGGGUGGACCAUUUCAGAUUGUCAGUGAUAUGUACGCCAAGGAACUUGAAGCUUUCCACCUUCUCCACUGUGGUCCCGUUGAUGUGGAUAGGGGGGUGCUCCCUCUGCUGUUUGCUGAAGUCCACGAUCAGCUCCUUCAUUUUGUUGAUGUUGAGGGAGAGGUUACUUUCCUGACACCACACUCCGAGAGCCCUCACCUCCUCCCUGUAGGCUGUCUCGUCAUUGUUGGUAAUCAGGCCUACUACUGUUGUGUCGUCUGGAAACUUGAUGAUUGAGUUGGAGGCGUGCUUGCCCACGCAGUCAUGGGUGAACAGGGAGUACAGGAGGGGGCUGAGCACGCAUCCUUGUGGGGGCCCCUGUGUUGAGGAUCAGUGAAGUGAAGGUGUUGUUUCCUACCUUCACCACCUCUGGGUGGCCCGUCAGGAAGUGCAAGACCCAGUUGCACAGGGCGGGGUUCAGACCCAGGGCCCCGAGCUUAAUGAGAGCUUGGAGGGUACUAUGGUGUUGAAUGCUAAGCUAUAGUCAAUGAACAGCUUCUUACAUAGAUUCCUCUGCCAGAUGGCUUGUGUUCCUAGCAACAAUGAGUAGAUCUAACAAUUCACAACAAUAAACAAUCUAAAGUAAAUUAAAGGAAUUAAGAAAUAUAUAAAUAUUAGGACGAGCAAUGUCGGAGUGGCAUUGACGAAAUACAGUAGAAUAGAAUACAGUAUAUACAGUGGGGAAAAAAAGUAUUUAGUCAGCCACCAAUUGUGCAAGUUCUCCCAAUUAAAAAGAUGAGAGAGGCCUGUAAUUUACAUCAUAGGUACAUGUCAACUAUGACAGACAAAUCGAGGAAAAAAAAUCCAGAAAAUCACAUUGUAGGAUUUUUAAUGAAUUUAUUUGCAAAUUAUGGUGGAAAAUAAGUAUUUGGUCACCUACAAACAAGCAAGAUUUCUGGCUCUCACAGACCUUUAACUUCUUCUUUAAGAGACUCCUCUGUCCUCCACUCGUUACCUGUAUUAAUGGCACCUGUUUGAACUUGUUAUCAGUAUAAAAGACACCUGUCCACAACCUCAAACAGUCACACUCCAAACUCCACUAUGGCCAAGACCAAAGAGCUGUUAAAGGACACCAGAAACAAAAUUGUAGACCUGCACCAGGCUGGGAAGACUGAAUCUGCAAUAGGUAAGCAGCUUGGUUUGAAGAAAUCAACUGUGGGAGCAAUUAUUAGGAAAUGGAAGACAUACAAGACCACUGAUAAUCUCCCUCGAUCUGGGGCUCCACGCAAGAUCUCACCCCGUGGAGUCAAAAUGAUCACAAGAACGGUGAGCAAAAAUCCCACAACCACACGGGGGGACCUAGUGAAUGACCUGCAGAGAGCUGGGACCAAAGUAACAAAGCCUACCAUCAGUAACACACUACACCGCCAGGGACACAAAUCCUGCAGUGCCAGACGUGUCCCCCUGCUUAAGCCAGUACAUGUCCAGGCCCGUCUGAAGUUUGCUUUUGGAUGAUCCAGAAGAGGAUUGGGAGAAUGUCAUAUGGUCAGAUGAAACCAAAAUAUAACUUUUUGGUAAAAACUCAACUCGUUGUGUUUGGAGGACAAAGAAUGCUGAGUUGCAUCCAAAGAACACCAUACCUACUGUGAAGCAUGGGGUUGGAAACAUCAUGCUUUGGGGCUGUUUUUCUGCAAAGGGACCAGGACGACUGAUCCGUGUAAAGGAAAAAAUGAAUGGGGCCAUGUAUCGUGAGAUUUUGAGUGAAAACCUCCUUCCAUCAGCAAGGGCAUUGAAGAUGAAACGUGGCUGGGUCUUUCAGCAUGACAAUGAUCCCAAACACACCGCCCGGGCAACGAAGGAGUGGCUUCGUAAGAAGCAUUUCAAGGUCCUGGAGUGGCCUAGCCAGUCUCCAGAUCUCAACCCCAUAGAAAAUCUUUGGAGGGAGUUGAAAGUCUGUGUUGCCCAGCGACAGCCCCAAAACAUCACUGCUCUAGAGGAGAUCUGCAUGGAGGAAUGGGCCAAAAUACCAGCAACAGUGUGUGAAAACCUUGUGAAGACUUACAGAAAACGUUUGACCUGUGUCAUUGCCAACAAAGGGUAUAUAGCAAAGUAUUAAGAAACUUUUGUUAUUGACCAAAUACUUAUUUUCCACCAUAAUUUGGAAAUUAAAAAUCCUACAAUGUGAUUUUCUGGAUUUUUUUUUCUAAUUUUGUCUGUCAUAGUUGACAUGUACCUAUGAUGAAAAUUACAGGCCUCUCUCAUCUUUUUAAGUGGGAGAACUUGCACAAUUGGUGGCUGACUAAAUACUUUUUUUCCCCACUGUACAUAUGUAUGUAAACAUUAUUAAAGUGACCAGUGAUUCCAUGUCUAUGUAUAUAGGGCAGCAGGGUUGAGUAACCGGGUGGUAGCUGGGUAGUGAUGGCUAUUUAACAGUAUGAUGGCCUUGAGAUAGAAGCUGUUUUUCAGUCUCUCGGUCCCAGCUUUGAUGCACCUGUACUGACCUCGCCUUCUGGAUGAUAGCGGGGAGAACAGGCCGUGGCUCGGGUGGUUGAUGUCCUUGAUGAUCUUUUUGGCCUUCCUGUGACAUCAGAUGACACCGCCCCUGGUGAUGCGUUGGGCAGACCACACCACCCUCUGGAGAGCCCUGCGGUUGCGGACGGUUUAGUUGCCGUACCAGGCGGUGAUACAGCCCGACAGGAUGCUCUCAAUUGUGCAUCUGUAAAAGUUUCAGAGGGUCUUAGGGGCCAAGCCGAAUUUCUUCAGCCUCCUGAGGUUGAAGAGGCGCUGUUGCACCUUCUUCACCACACUCUCUGUGUGGGUGGACCAUUUCAGAUUGUCAGUGAUAUGUACGCCAAGGAACUUGAAGCUUUCCACCUUCUCCACUGUGGUCUCGUUGAUGUGGAUAGGGGGGUGCUCCCUCUGCUGUUUCCUGAAGUCCACGAUCAGCUCCUUCAUUUUGUUGAUGUUGAGGGAGAGGUUACUUUCCUGACACCACACUCCGAGAGCCCUCACCUCCUCCCUGUAGGCUGUCUCGUCAUUGUUGGUAAUCAGGCCUACUACUGUUGUGUCGUCUGGAAACUUGAUGAUUGAGUUGGAGGCGUGCUUGCCCACGCAGUCAUGGGUGAACAGGGAGUACAGGAGGGGGCUGAGCACGCAUCCUUGUGGGGGCCCCUGUGUUGAGGAUCAGUGAAGUGAAGGUGUUGUUUCCUACCUUCACCACCUCUGGGUGGCCCGUCAGGAAGUGCAAGACCCAGUUGCACAGGGCGGGGUUCAGACCCAGGGCCCCGAGCUUAAUGAUGAGCUUGGAGGGUACUAUGGUGUUGAAUGCUAAGCUAUAGUCAAUGAACAGCAUUCUUACAUAGGUAUUCCUCUUGUCCAGAUGGGAUUGUGCAGUGUGAUGGCGAUUGCGUCGUCUGUGCAUCUAUUAGGGCGGUAAGCAAAUUGAAGUGGAUCUAGGGUUUUCAGGUAAGGUAGAGGUGAUAUGAUCCUUAACCAGCCUCUCAAAGCACUUCAUGAUGACAGAAGUGAGUGCUACGGGGCGAUAGUCAUUUAGUUCAGUUACCUUUGCUUUCUUGGGUUCAGGAACAAUGGUGGACAUCUUGAAGCAAGUGGGGAUAGGGAGAGAUUGAAUAUGUCCAUAAACACUCCAGCCAGCUGGUCUGUGCAUGCUCUGAGGAGGCGGCUAGGGAUGCCGUCUGGGACAGCAGCCUUGCGAUGGUUCACGUCGGCCACGGAGAACGAGAGCCCACAGUCCUUGGGAGCGGGCCUCGUCGGGUGCACUGUGUUAUCCUCAAAGCGGGCGAAGAAGGUGUUUUAGCUUGUCCGGGAGCAAGACGUCGGUGUCCGCGACGUGGCUGGUUUUCCGUUUGUAAUCCGUGAUUGUCUGUAGACCCUGCCACAUACUUUUGUAUCCCUAACACAGGGUGGCAGGUAGCCUAGCGGUUAAGAGCGUUGGGCCAGUAACCGAAAGGUCGCUGGUUCGAAUUCCGAGCCGACUAGGUGAACAAUCUGCUUAUGUGCCCUUGAGCAAGGCACUUAACCCUAGUUGCUCUGGAUAAGAGCGUCUGCUAAAUGACUCAAAUGUAAAAUGUAAACUAACUUGUAACUACAGUCCUCCUCGCUAACCUCUGAACUCCUGCCACAACUCUCACUGUAACCCUGGUGUAGUUACAGUUAGUUUGACCCUUGUAACCUGACUAAGUUGUCUUGAUGCGCAUUCCUUUGUUUUGUCUUUUCUAGGGCUCUGAGUGGAAUGCCUCCAAUCUAGAGGAACUACGGGAUUGUGGGUGAGUGGGUGUCUCACAAACACUAAAGCAAUGUCUAGAACUGCUCCCUAACCACCAGCCCUGGCUCACAAACAUAGUGUUGUAUUAUUCUGUAUUCCCAUGCCAAGGACAAUACAUGUAUAUCAGGUAAUUGUUCCAUCUCUCCUUCAAAAGGCCUACCAAUACAUAAAGGUAUGUUGUUAGAACAUUGAUAGCACCACUGAACUAAAUACUGACAUGUUUUUUCUUCUUGAUGCAGUGUGGGCUACAUCCUCAACGUGACCAGGGAGAUAGACAACUUCUUCCCGGGCACAUUCACCUACCACAACAUCCGGGUGUACGACGAGGAGGCCACAGACCUGCUGGCUCACUGGAACGAGACCUACAACUUCAUCGUCAGAGCCAAGUGAGUGCCUACUUCUCAAACAAACUAAACCUUGUGCAUGUGAAGCGUUUACCACAGAACAUCAAUAAAGAUAAUGUAGGCUAUUAAAUAGUGGGUAGUGUCUCGGUCUAAGUUAUUCUAUAAACUAAAACUAUGUGGACAGCCUAGUAACUAUGGAUAAGACUUCUUCUAAAUGAACAGGCUUUCAAUGUAAAACACAUUAUUGCCCCACAGGAAGAACCACUCUAAGUGUCUGGUCCACUGUAAGAUGGGUGUGAGCCGGUCAGCCUCCACGGUCAUAGCGUAUGCCAUGAAGGAGUAUGGCUGGACUCUGGAGAAGGCCUACAACUUUGUGAAGCAGAAGAGGAGCAUCACUCGGCCCAACGCUGGCUUCAUGAGGCAGCUGGCCGAGUACGAGGGCAUCCUGGAUGCUAGGUGAGUCAGUCAGGGUAUACUGGGGUACUCUACAGGUAUACCGUAAAACUUAGAUUAAUAGCCAGGGCAUUUGUUUGCUUCAAUCACACACAACCGGUGCUUAUUUGAGCCAGGCGUGUAUUUCCUUAAUGCACACAGCUUUUGCUCAAUACAAUUUUGAAAAGACUACCACACUGUUUGUGACCAGUAUAAACAUUAGAAUAACAAAUCCAUCACAGACUUGCAAAGACUAGGCUGCCUAUCAUACACCCCGAUUUCGUGCUUCGGCACCAUUCUCACUCGUUGCGCCUAGUUGCGCCUUGUAUGUUGAGCCGACCAUGUCAAACCACACUGCUGUCUCAUCCAUGGCAAUGAUGUUGCUCUCCUUUUAUCUUAUUUCGCAUAAUCUUUACGGUACUGAAGUUCACUCAUAAACAGUUGACUUAGACCCUGCGUUUAUUUGAAAUAGCCGUUUAUUUGCUGAAAUGUGUGCAGAUGCCCGGCUAUUAAAAGGGACAGACGGCUAUUUGCUAAGUUUUACUGUAUAUAGAAAGUGUUCACACCCCUUGACUUUUUCAACAUUUUGUUGUGUUACAGGCUGAAUUUGAAAUUGAUUUAAUUGAGAUUGUGUGCCACACAAGGGACUGCGGUUGAAAAUUAGCCGGCUGGCUAAAACCGGCACUUUUACUGAAACGUUGAUUAAUGUGCACUGUCCCUGUAAAAAAUAAACUCAAACUCAAACUCAAAUAAUGACAAAGUUGAAUUAUAUUUGUAGACAUUUUUACAAAUUAAUAAAACAAAUGAAAAGAUGAGAUGUCUUGAGUCAAUAAGUAUUCAACCCCUUUGUUAUGGCAAGCCUAAAUAAGUUCAGGAGUAACAAUGUGCUUAACAAGUCACAUAAAGUUGCAUGGACUCAGUGUGCAAUAAUAGUGUUUAACUUGAUUUUUGAAUGACUACCUCAUCUCUGUACACCACACGUACAAUUAUCUGUAAGGUCCCUCGGUUGAGCAGUGAAUUUCAAACACAGAUUCAACCACAAAGACCAGGGAGGUUUUCCAAUGCCUCGCAAAGAAGGGCACCUAUUGGUAGAUGGGUAAAAAAAAAAAAAAAAGCAGACAUUGAAUAUCCCUUUGAGCAUGGUGAGUUUAUUCAUUACACUUUGGAUGGUGUAUCAACACACCCAGUCACUACAAAGAUAAAGGCGUCCUUCCUAACUCAGUUGCCGGAGAGGAAGGAAACCGCUCAGGGAUUUCACCAUGAGGCCAAUGGUGACUUUAAAACAGUUACAUAGUAAAGUGAGGAUGGAUCAACAACAUUGUAGGGUUAUGAUCCACUGCACCACUCGGGAGACAAUAACACAUAUGGAAUCAUGUAGUAAGUGUUAAACAAAUCAAAAUGUAUUCUAUAUUUGAGAUUCUUCAAAUAGCCACCCUUUGCCUUGAUGAUAGCUUUGCACACUCUUGGCAUUCUCUCAACCAGCUUCAUGAGGUAGUCACCUGGAAUGCAUUUGAGCCAAGCAGUUGUGUUGUGGCAAGGUUUUAUUUUUUAUUUUAUUUCACCUUUAUUUAACCAGGUAAGCCAGUUGAGAACAAGUUCUCAUUUACAACUGCGACCUGGCCAAGAUAAAGCAAAGCAGUGCGAUAAAAACAACAACACAGAGUUACAUAUGGGGUAAAAAAACAAAGUCAAAAAAUACAACAGAAAAUAUAUAUACAGUGUGUGCAAAUGUAGCAAGUUAUGGAGGUAAGGCAAUAAAUAGGCUAUAGUGCAAAAUAAUUACAAUUAGUAUUAACACUGGAAUGCUAGAUGUGCAAGAGAUUAUGUGCAAAUAGAGAUACUGGGGUGCAAAAGAGCAAAAUAAAUAACAAUAUAGGGAUGAGGUAGUUGGGUGGGCUAAUUUCAGAUGGGCUGUGUACAGGAGCAGUGAUUGGUAAGGUGCUCUGACAACUGAUGCUUAAAGUUAGUGAGGGAGAUUUUUGCAAUUCGUUCCAGUCAUUGGCAGCAGAGAACUGGAAGGAAUGGCGGCCAAAGGAGGUGUUGGCUUUGGGGAUGACCAGUGAGAUAUACCUGCUGGAGCGCAGACUACGGUUGGGUGCUGCUAUGGUGACCAAUGAGCUAAGAUAAGGCGGGGAUUUGCCUAGCAGUGAUUUAUAGAUGGCCUGGAGCUAGUGGGUUUGACGACGAACGUAGUGAGGACCAGCCAACAAGAGCGUACAGGUCACAGUGGUGGGUAGUGUAUGGGGCUUUGGAGACAAAACGGAUGGCACUGUGAUAGACUACAUCCAAUUUGCUGAGUAGAGUGUUGGAGGCUAUUUUGUAAAUGACAUCGCCGAAGUCAAUGAUCGGUAGGAUAGUCAGUUUUACGAGGGCAUGUUUGGCAGCAUGAGUGAAGGAGGCUUUGUUGCGAAAUAGGAAGCCGAUUCUAGAUUUAACUUUGGAUUGGAGAUUCUUAAUGUGAGUCUGGAAGGAGAGUUUACAGUCUAACCAGACACCUAGGUAUUUGAGGUAGGGGUGGUAUACAGAAUAUAGCCCUAUUUGGUAAAGACCAAGUCCAGUCCAUAUUAUGGCAAGAACAGCUCAAAUAAGCAAAGAGAAACGACAGUCCAUCAUUACUUUAAGACAUGAAGGUCAGUCAAUACUGAACAUUUCAAGAGCUUUGAAAGUUUCUUCAAGUGCAGUCGCAAAAACCAUCAAGCGCUAUGAUGAAACUGGCUCUCAUGAGGAACUCCACAGGAAUGGAAGACCCAGAGUUACCUCUGUUGCGAGAGGAUGUUACUAUGAGUUGACAGCUCGGAAUUGCAGCCAAAUAAAUGCUCCAGUUAAGUAACACAAUGUCAACAUAACUGUUCGAGAGGGACUGUGUGAAACAGGCCUUCAUGGUCGAAUUACUGCAAAGAUACACUAACCAAACACGCAAUAAUGAGUAGGGUGCUUGGGCAGAACCAGGUAAUGGACAAUUCGACCGGUAUAAUGUGUCCUUGACUAGAGCCAAAUAGAGAUUUUUUUCAAACCGCUGGUGUCUUUGAAUGCAAGUUGGGAACUUCCCACCGUAAAAACAGGAGGGUAUGUUAAUGGCUUGGUGCUCAGGGGAAUGGUCCGAUUAUUUGAAUUCAAGGCAAAUUACAUAGGUACCACCAAGCAUUGCAGCACCCAAUCCCUCACGGUUUGGGCUAGUGGACUAUCAUUGUUUUCAACAGGGCAAUGACCCUACACACCUCCAGGCUGUGUAAGGGCUAUUUGACCAAGAAGGAGAGUGAUGGAGUGCUGCAUCAGAUGACCUGGCCUCCACAAUCCCCGACCUCAACCCAAUUGAGAUGGUUUGGGAUGAGUCGGACAGCAGAGUGAAGGAAAAGCAGCCAACAAGUGCUCAGCAUAUGUGGGAACUCCGUCAAGACUGUUGGAAAAGCAUUCCAGGUGAAGCUGGUUGAGAGAAUGCCAAGAGUGUGCAAAGCUGUCAUCAAGGCAAAGGGUGGCUAUUUGAAGAAUCUCAAAUAUAAAAUAUAUUUUGAUUUGUUUAACACUUUUUGGGUUACUACAUGAUUCCAUAUGUGUUAUUUCAUAGUUUUGAUGUCUUCACUAUUAUUGUACAAUGUAAAAAAUAGUAAAAAUGAAGAAAAACCCUUGAAUGAGUAGGUGUGUCCAAACUUCAGUACAUUUGAAAAAGAUUCUAAAAACAUGUUUUCACUUUGUCAUUAUGAGGUAUUGUGUGUAAAUGUGUGCGAAAGAAAAUAUAUUUAAUCAAUUUUAAAUUCAGAUUGUAACACAACAAAAUGUGGAAGAAGUCAAGGGGUAUGAAUACUUUUUCUCACGAGGAGUAUCUGCCAUUCAUUUACAUUCUCACUCCACUGCAGUCAUGAGGUAUUCAACCGAAUUAUGCUCAACCUAACUCGCUGCCUAGAGGUCAGAUCAAAUGUGACCGUUAAAUUACCACAUUAGCUGUCUAGACGGGGUCAGCGAAGGUAAGCAGUCUGUAAGGUUAUUAGUGUAUUGCUAGAGAGACUACAGACUGCAGAUCAUGGGGACUGAAUGAUCCUUCUAAAAACGUUAUUAGUGGCUAAGCAUCACAUUAUGUCUAUGAUGUCUGUCUGUAUACUGUACAAUGCAUAUGCUCUGUACCUAUGGUCAUUCUAACCCCGUCCCCCAGUAAGCAGCGCCACAACAAGCUGUGGAGGCCCGAGGGAGGGGAGGACAACCCUGAUGAGGCGUCUGGCCAGUGUUGUGGUGGAGAGGAGACCCCCGUGGAGGGUGAGGCCUGGGGGGGAGAGGGCUGCGGCGCCUCCCCCUGCCGGGGCUUGGGCCUGGAGGUGGAGCCCUUGGACCCCCUCAACUACAACUACUACUUCAGACGGCUGUCGGACACGGCCCUAGACAGCGAGCCCUCCACCCCAGUGCGCGGUCCUCCCCUGCUGGGCAUGGAGAGGGUGUUUAUUGAGAUCGAGGAUGUGGAGAGGGACGCCCUUCUGGAGGACGAGGGCUUCCCCAUGGCCCAGCUGGCUCUGCCCGGGGAGGGCACCGCUGCCCAGACCUGUGGGGGCCGCCUGGAGCCCUUGGAGGACAUGAGGCUGAGGCUAGAGUUCAGCACGGUGGAGGAGGAGGAUGAGGAGGAGGCACAGAAGGAGGAGGCAGAGAUGGCCGCCCUGGCUUGGACUCCUGCAGGAGGAGAGGGAGCGAGGGAGGACGAAGAGAGGAAGGAGCAGGUCAACAUUAACCGCUUUAACAACGAGAACGCCAACAACAGUAACCGCCUGGCUGCCAAGCGCAGCUGCCCCGCUACCUUCGACGUGAGUGGGGCAGUCAAUAGCUACCUGUAUCUAUAAAAAAUGAUGAUGUAAAAGUUGGGUUAAUUUUGACUUGAACUGGCUUGGGGUUAGGGUGAAGAUAUUAAGCUUAUAUGAGGGUAAUUGUAAUGCCUUGUAAUGCCUAAUGUUUCUGUCAUUGUUUGAUCCCAUCCAUUUCAGGGUUCAUCAUCUUAUAGGUGUCAUAAUAUCUGUGUUUUAUUAGCUUCGAGACCUUAAUCAGGUCCCUCUGCCUGACCAUGCAUUCCCUCCCUCGCUCUCUUUCUUCUGUUUAGGACAGUGCUAGCACAGGAAACCCUUACAAAGUGAAGCCCUCCUACCAGUCGUGUAAAGACUGCCUGCGUCUGCCACCAGGGCGGCGCUGUGAGCGCCCGGCAGGAGGCCGCACCCACCGCCUUAACCCCACACGCCACUGCGGGGUGGUCCCCACCAUCUCCAUAGACCCCCCUGACACCCACUUCACCAACACCCCUGCCCCCCACUCCCCUUGCACCCUCCCUGCCACCAUCGCCCGCCUGGAGGCCUACCGCCAGCGGCUGGUGUCGCCCAUGAGCUGCGAGGAGCUGCCUCGAGACAGACACUGCUCCCUGGAGACAGAGGACAUGGACGAGCUGCAGGAGGAUGAGGAGGAGGAGGAGGAAGAGCAGGAGCCAAGGCCAGGCAGGGAGGCUGGGACCGGAGCCAUCACGGAGCUCACAUUUAUGAAGCUCAGCCUGGAGGGGGAGAGGCCAGUGGGUCAGCCUCCUAGUGAGGGUGUGGAGUUGCAGCCUGCUGGGGUGGAGUUGGAGCCUCCUGGUGGUGAUGGAGUGGAGCUACAGAGGACAGGGCUGGAGCUGGGGAUGGGGCUGGUGAGGCAGAGAGCAGAGCAGCUGGAGAGGCUCUCAGGCCUGGCCAUGGAGGGUCUACUCUCAGGGGCUGGGCUGGCUGAGCAGAUGGACCUGAACUUGGCGGGGGAGGAAAUGGAGGUGGAGGGGGGUGUAGGGGUGCAUUCUGAAAUCCCCAUUCCAUCUACCAGCUGCACAGUCACAGCCGCAGACCCCCAGAUAAACACCACUCCGGUGUCGUACCCCCAGGGGUCCGCCCAGACCUGGACCCCCGUGUCCUCCCCCCACGGCUCCACCCUCACCCGGAGCUCCAGCAGCGACAGCCUCCACAGCAACCGCGGGGGACACCAAGGCCUGGUCCAGCAGCGCACCCAGGAGAUAGAGACCCGCAUGAGGCUCGCCGGCCUGACUGUCCCCUCCCUACUCAAACGCUCCAGCUCCCUGGCCAAGCUGGGAGGCCUCACCUUCUCUACCGAGGACCUCUCAGACCUGGCUGACGAUCAGGCCCAGCUGUUCUCCACCGAGCCCCCAGCCUGCCCCUCCACACCAGGGGGAGGGGAGCCCUCUGAGCCCCCAUCCACCCCCAGGAGCUGA